AUGAGGACCUGUGAUACAAGCUCCAACUUCAAUGGUCUGGGCAUGAAUGCCCGAAUCGUAUCGGUUUUUGUUUUGCUUGCAGUUUCGGCAUUUGGGUCGUUCUUCCCACUCCUAGCAAAUAAAUGGAGAUUUAUAAGGCUCCCAUCAAGGGUGCUUGCAUUAAUAAAGCAGUUCGGUACUGGUGUCAUAUUGGCUACCGCAUACAUUCAUCUACUAGGCGAGGCCCAGACCAGUCUCACUAGUCCAUGUCUAGGCGGCGUAUGGGAAGAUUACUCGUGGUCAUCUGCCAUUUGUCUAAUGGGUACAUUCACCAUGUUUAGCAUCGAGAUAUUUGUACAGCAUCUCGUAAACCGAAAGCAUCGGAAAGCUCUCGCAAAGGAAGACAGGACAGAAAAUGAUUUGCAUGUAUAUUUUGACAACGACAGCAAAGAGGAAUACCAAGUCCAACAAAGAUCUCGGUCGGUGGGAUCUGGAGCUCUAGCACGAGCAGUAUCGCAGGUACCUUCAGUUCCAUCUAUUGCACAGGCAUCAAUUGUGCAUGGAUCUCUUGGUGUAGAAGAAGAGAGCAAGAGAGACGAGAGCAAGAAAGGCGAGGAAACACUCAAGAAACUCACCAGUCUUUUUCUUCUCGAAUUUGGUAUAGUCUUCCAUUCAGUGUUUGUAGGGCUCUCAUUGGCAAUCGCAGGUGAAGAGUUCAAUACCCUCUUCGUGGCCAUUUCUUUCCACCAAUUCUUCGAAGGUAUAGGACUAGCUUCACGGUUUGCUACCACAUCAUGGCCACCAAACAUGCGUAUGGUACCAUGGAUCUUCUCGACGCUUUACAGUUUAACCACCCCUGUCGGCAUAGCUGUGGGACUUGGAGUUCGUCAUUUCUACCUGGACAACUCCACAGGUACCUUGAUUGUGGUGGGAGUGUUUGACUCGUUUUGUGCUGGACUACUUAUUUACAAUUGUUUGGUAGAGUUGAUGGCGCCGGACUUCUUGGUUGAAAUGCAGCAUAGUAGUGGAAAGACCCUUGUCACUUCUUAUAUGCUGUUGGUCACUGGAACUGCCGUGAUGGCAUUGAUCGGUAAAUGGGCCUAG